AUGGCUUCCUCACUCACUCUCCAGACCAAGAUCAAGCUCCCAAGCGGGCACGAGAUCCCACAGCUGGGUUUCGGUGUUUGGCAAACCCCCGCUGAUCAAGCCGAGCAAGUCGUCAUAGAGGCCCUCAAAUCCGGCUACCGCCAUAUCGACUCCGCCGCCGCCUACAAGAACGAAGCCGGCUGCGGCAAGGCCAUCCGGGCGUCGUCGGCCCCGAAGCGCGAGGACAUCUUCUUCACCUCCAAGGUCCCUCCCCGCUCGAUGAACUACGAGAGCACCAAGGCGCAGGUGGAGACAACGCUCCGGGAGUCGGGGCUGGAGUACAUCGACCUGAUGCUCCUCCACGCGCCCUACGGUGGCUCUGCGGCGCGCAAGGGCGCGUGGCGAGCUCUGGUCGAGGCCGUCGAGGCCGGCAAGGUGCGCAGCAUCGGCGUCAGCAAUUACGGGGUGCACCACCUGGACGAGCUGGAGAAGCACAUCACCGAGCUGGAGGAGGAGCGCGGCGGCAAGGGCAAGGGCGGCGUCCUGAGCGUCGGCCAGUGGGAGAUCCACCCCUGGUGCGCGAGGAACGACAUCGUCGAGUGGUGCCGCAAGCGCGGCGUCGCCGUCGAGGCCUACAGCCCGCUGGUCCGGGGCGAGAGGUGGGGUGAGCCGGUGCUGAAGAAGCUGGCCGACAAGUACAGCAAGUCCGAGGCCCAGGUCCUCGUCCGAUGGAGCCUGCAGAAGGGCCACAUCCCCCUGCCCAAGAGCGCCACCCCGGAGCGCAUCAGGGCCAAUGCCGAGCUCUACGACUUCCAGCUGACCCCCGACGAGGUCAAGGAGCUGGAGACGACCGAGUACAAGCCCGUCUGCUGGGAUCCGGUCGUCUCCAAGUUGGAGGAGUAA